AUGGUCGUGUCCUCCAACCGCUACGUUGCCAUCUGCAAACCCCUGCCCUACGGGACCCUCCUGGGCAGCAGAGCUUGUGUCCACAUGGCAGCAGCUGCCUGGGGCAGCUGUUUUUUCUAUGCUCUUCUGAACACAGACAAUACAUUUUCAAUACCACUUUGCCAAAGUAAUUCCUGGGACCAGUUCUUCUGUGAAAUCCCCCAGAUCCUCGAGCUCUCCUGCUCAUAUUCCUAUCUCAGGGAAUUGGGGAUUAUUGUGGUCAGUGUCUUAGUAGUAUUUGUCUGUUUUGUGUUCAUUGUGGUGUCCUAUGUGCAGAUCUUCAGGGCCGUGCUGAGGAUCCCCUCUGAGCAGGGACGGCACAAAGCCUUUUCCACCUGCCUCCCUCACCUGGCCGUGGUCUCUCUCUUUAUCAGCAUUGGUGCAUUAUCCUACCUGAAACCUCCUUCCAUCUCGUCCCCAUCCCUAGACCUGGCAGUGUCAUUUCUGUAUUUGGUGGUUCCUCCAGCAGUGAACCCCCUCAUCUACAGCAUGAGGAACCAGGAGCUCAAGGACACCCUGAGGAAACUAAUGGCUGAAUGCAUUUCAAAAGCAAUAGACUUCCUGUCUUCUGCACGUCACUCAUGA